AUUCGGUACUCGUACUUCGUAUUGACCAAAGUGUUUUAUACGAGCAACUACAGGACGUCUUUGCUGUUCGUGUUAUCUUUUACUCCGUAGUCGAUGACAAUAUAUCCAUCCUCAGCGCUUUGCUCAAUGACAUCACACCGUCGUCGUCUACCCAUGCCGCCGCAGAAUGAGCCUUCGCGGAAAUCACCUCUACACCAAUGGACCUGAAGUUCAAGGCGCAUUUGGCGUAGACAGCCUCCCUCUCACCACAGUCGCCCAUAUCAUAUCCUACCUCGACGACGAUGCGCCCUCGCUGGCCCGCCUGUGCCGCACGUCGCGCGUGCUCUAUUACAUGACCCUCCCGCAGUUGUGGAAACGCGUGGUGCUGAAGUCACACAGUACCGUACACUAUCGAGAUGAUGUCCCAGAGGGUCUCGGAAGUGCGAGCCCUUUCUCCAUGGGCCUCAACGCCCUCGUCACCCGGAAUGUCGCGGCCUUGGUCUACUCGUUGGUGCUUGAAGGCGACUACAAGAGCUUGGAUCUGGAAGAAUACUCGAGGGCUGGCCGGGUCUCCGAGAGCACAAUGAUACUCAACAUAGCGAUUCGCGCAGCCAUAAGCCAGUGUGUCCAACUCGAGAAGUUUAGGUGGGAUCUGAACGUGCGCAUCCAGGCCAACGUGUAUGCCGGACUCGGAAAGCUUUCAAGACUGGAGUCAUUAUGGAUACGUUUCCAGACCAAUAGGUUACCACAACCUCAUACCGAGAUCCCAGCUCUCCCAAACCUGAGAUCGUUCACUUUCACCCACUACGAUCCGAUGUGUUAUCCGGACGAUGUCUCGACGUUGUUUCUCAACUCGGAGAAGCUCGAAGACCUCAAUAUGCACUUUUCGCCACGGAUGAGGGAACAAGGCGAAGCAUCGGUGGUGUUGACUCGAUUCUUCCGCAAGAACAUGAAUGCCAACAAGAAGCUCCGAUUGAAACGUAUUGGACUCUAUAAUUUACUGGCGAACUCCGAGUCUGCUGAGUGUAUGGCAGUUAUGGAUCCCGUGAGGAUCGAGGAGGUUACGGCGCUGAAUACGUUUGGCAUGGACGAGGACGAACUGCAUCGAAGUAACACACUGUUUAUCGAUCGGACCUGGUUUGUCCCUAACCCGAAAGAGACCCACAAUGCCAAAUCCUUGCGGAUAGAUCAGCUACAUAAAAUGCACGCGCAGGAAAUUGCCGCAUCGCCGGAUCUGGAGCGGCUGUAUCUGAUCAAUGCCCGCCAUAGGCGUGAUGGCGUCAAUGGUGAACCGUCUCCCAGCUCCUUGGAUGCGUCGCCCCGUACCGUCAAUGGAGAGAACAGAUCUUCCCGGAAUACACCAACGCACACGACAGCCCCCAUGAUGAGUCUCCGUGACCUUUACCUGGACAACAUCUGCAAUGGCUGUGGACCGAAGUUGAAGCAUCUCAUCUUUCCCUCGCGUUGGCCAUUGCAUAGUACAUUGACCGCGAAGUUGAUUCGGUCGUGUCCGAACUUGACGCAGUUCAGUGCCGCCAUCCCGUGCUCCGAUAUGGAAAUCCUCCGUAUGGUCAUCCCGUUCUUGACGAAGCUGUGGGCGAUUAGGGUUGUGGCGCCGAGGACGUACGGCGAGGAAGGCGACAAGGCACUCGCAGUGUUCCAUUCUUUUGUCGACCAACCGGAUUCCAUGCUGGAGGAGAGCAUCAGCAGGAGUUUGACGCAACGAGGUCCGGCUGGGUCUGUCCCUGAUUUUCCAGUUCUGCGGUAUAUUGGUAUAGGACACAAAGUCUGGGAAAUUGGGUCUGUGUACGAGGAGAAGGUGAAGUUGAAGAGUCCGGUGCACAUGAACACGCCGGCGGAGAGUAGUGACUCAUCACCCUACGAAGAGACGAUAUAUCGCCGGAAAUUGACGAGGAUUUACGAACGAGACGUUGCCCAAGUGGAGAUUUGGAAGAUGGAUACUAUGGACAUUGUCUGAGUCUGCAGAGCACAUGGAUUUUGAUACCCCCGCGAUCGGCGAUGAGUUUCGUUGUCAUAAUGAUACGACAUGGUCGAGCUCGCCCUGCAUCCAGUGAUGAGCGAUGGUUGGGAGUCGGGCCAUUCAUCUUCCAAGUCGUCCAGGAACAUAAACUGCAUGAGACUCAGGACAUGAAGAGCAAUUCCGAACAACAACCGAAGACGAUUCAGAUGAGGGAGCAAGAAUCCAAAACUGUAUUCGAAGCGGGCUUUCGACGUUUGAUCCGCGUUUAUCUUGUUGUUUGCUCAUCACACAGUCAGCCUAAGACAUCGGCGAAAUCCCCAAAGUACCAGUAGAGUUAUAGCAUUGGACUGGAUUGGUGAUUGCUAUGUGUACAUAUGGGAGCAUAAUGCAUUAAUAGAAGGAUGGAAUAUAUUGGGAAUUGGG